ACCUGCACCCAGACCGCACAGCACCAACACCACCGCACAGCACUCCACUGGUGCGGUACAGAGGAGGCAAGCAGAGGAGCACCGUGCGCACGAGCUGCCGGCAUGGCGAGGCCGUCCCUCUCCCUCCACCUCUGCCUGGCCGUCCUGGCCCUGGCCGCCGCCGCGUCCGAGGCCGGGUUCUACGACCAGUUCGACGUGGUCGGCUCCGGCAGCAACGUGCGCGUGAACGACGACGGCCUGGCCCAGCAGGUGGCGCUCACGCUCGACCAGGGCAACGGCGGCUCCGGCUUCAGCUCCAAGGACAAGUACCUCUACGGCGAGUUCAGCGUCCAGAUGAAGCUCAUCGGCGGCAACUCCGCCGGCACCGUCACCUCCUUCUACCUGACGUCCGGGGAGGGCGACGGGCACGACGAGAUCGACAUCGAGUUCAUGGGCAACCUCAGCGGCGACCCCUACGUGAUGAACACCAACGUGUGGGCCAGCGGCGACGGCAAGAAGGAGCACCAGUUCUACCUCUGGUUCGACCCCACCGCCGACUUCCACACCUACAAGAUCGUCUGGAACCCCAAGAACAUCAUAUUCCAGGUGGACGACGUGCCGGUGAGGACGUUCAAGAAGUACGACGACCUGCCGUACCCGAGCAGCCAGCCGAUGACGGUGCACGCCACGCUCUGGGACGGCAGCUACUGGGCCACCCGCCACGGCGACGUCAAGAUCGACUGGACCCAGGCGCCCUUCGUCGUCAACUACCGCGGCUACUCCUCCAACGGCUGCGUCAGCAACGGCGGCUCCUCGGCCUGCCCCGCCGGCAGCGACGCGUGGAUGAACACGGAGCUCGACGGCAAGGCCCUCGGCACCGUCGCCUGGGCCGAGAGCAAGUACAUGUCCUACGACUACUGCACCGACGGCUGGCGCUUCCCCAACGGCUUCCCCGCCGAGUGCAACCGCAACUGAUCCAUGGAUCCAGCGUCAAUUCCUUCCUUCCAUCCUUGUUCUUGUUCUUGUUUGUCCAUUCGAUUCGAGACGGACACACGUUACUGCCAUUUGGCUCGUUUCCCAUGUACAUUUUUUAACCAUGGAUUUGAAGAUUGUUACAGUGGAGUUACAGUUACUGUUACAGAGAGAAUUAAGGUGGGUUCUUGUGAUUUUCUCUGCCUGGAGAGAAAGAGUACGAGUGCACAUGUGAUCAAUCGGUUAUGUAUGAAGUGAACGAACCAUAAUAAAUUAUAAAUAAUCAUUGCAUCUCU